AUGGCUCCACUCACCAUAUCGCCUGGCUGUCAAAGCUGUGCCGAUUUUAAAAGCAAAGUCUGCGAGCUGGAGCAGAGAAUUUCAACACUAUACCAGAUCCAGGACACCGAGAAGUACUUGGACACAAUAAUCCUCGGAGCGGCACCGGCUUCCUCAAGUGCCGAGUUGGAGUUGGAGGACACAGCCCCUGUUGCGUCUUCCUCUAUGGAGGUAACUUCCACAUUUCCCGGGGCCUCUGCUGCUUCCACUGUGGCUACAUCUACUGCUUCGCUGCCAACGACUGUGUCGAGCCACCUCGAUAAUCCGUGGGCUCUUUUGGGAGCGAAACCUAAAGCCUCAGCCGGUGCUUCGCGCUUCCACCUCUCCGCAGAGAUGCGGCCAGCUGCAAACCAGCAUGGAGCGACCAGCUGUCAACCACUGAACUUCACUCCAUGUCAACCGGAGCCCUGGACGGCGGUAGGGAGGGAUAGACGCAGCACAGCGCACUUGUCUCUUCUUCCUUCUCCGUCAUCCCAGGAUAUCCCGCUGGCCAACAGGUUCGAGAUUUUGGACAUCCAGGAUUUUCCUCCGCUGGGGCAACAACCAGGAAAUUGGGUCCCUACAUCCGCAUCAUCCUCUUGAAGCCGGCUGUUGAGGGAGGCGGUGUCCAGAAGACACUCUGCCGGACCUUUUUCCCCUGUCAAGGCUGGAGGUACACCUACAGAGCCCGCCGGGGCACCCCUGCUGCAGCCCUCACCGGCCCAAUAAGGAGCCCUCCGCGACGCCGCCUCUGUCCACAAUGGUAA